GAUCGGGGAGGUGGCGGGGUACGCCCCCGAGGAGCUGCUCGGCUGCUCCCUCUACGAGUACGUCCACGCGCUCGACUCCGACACCCUCAGCAGGAGCGUGCACACCCUUCUGAGCAAGGGGCAGGCGGUGACGAACCAGUACCGGUUCCUGGCCAAGCGCGGGGGGUUCCUGUGGGCGCAGACCCAGGCCACGGUCAUUGCCAACACCCGCAGCGCCCAGCCCGAGGGCAUCGUCUGCCUCACCUUCGUGCUCAGCCGCGUGGAGCAGCGGGGGGUGGUGCUGUCGCUGGAGCAGACCCAACGGCGGGGGGAGGGGCGCCGCCUGCCCCCCCCCGCCCCCGGCCCCGACCCCCCCGAUGCCGUCCUCAACCUCAGCCUCGGAGUGGGGGGCCCACGGGUGCUGGCGUUCGUGCGCCCGGCCCACGUCCCCGAAGCGGCGCUGCAGCGGGACCCCCGGCGCUUCUGCUCCCCCGAACUCGCCCGGCUCCUCGCCCCGAUUUUUGACCCCCCCCCCGGCUCCCCCUUGUCACCGUCCCCGCAGCCCCCCCCCGCCCCCCGGGGACGAGCUGCUGUUCGAGGUGCAGAAGCUUUUUGCGGGGAGCCCCGGGCCUGGCACGGCCCUGCAGGCCUCCCCCCUGGACCUGGCCAUGCUGGCCCCCUACAUCCCCAUGGACGGCGACUUCCAGCUGGGCGGGGCCGAAGCGCCGAGGGGGCGUGGCCCACGCCCUCCAGGCCCCGCCUCCUCGGCCGUGGCCACGCCCCCGCGCCCCCGCGCCCGCAGUUUUCCCGGCCGAAGCUCCGCCCCCUCCCGCCCCGGCCCCGCCCUCCCGCGCUGGGGCAGCGACCCGGCUCUCGGCCCCGCCCUGACGCCCCGCCCCGCCAGGAAGAGGGCGCGGGAGCCGAGCGGGGAGGACGCGGGGGCCCCCCUGAAACGCCCCGAGCUCGACCCCCACCUGCUGCCCCCCCUCGGCCUGGGGCUGCUGCUGAGUGGGGAGGACCCCCCGGGACUGACCCCCCGCCUGGGGCAGGAGCAGCCCCUCGUGCUGUUGGCCGGUGGUCUGGUCCUGCCGGGGGCCCCCCCCAUGGGGCCCCCCCAAAAGGAGGGUGAGAGGCGCCCGGGGGGGGCCCCCCCAAAGCACACGUCUGGAGAGCAACUGAAGGGGGGGGCCACCCGUGGGAAGGGGGCCCCCCCACCCCCCCCCAAAAUCAACAGCGGGU